CCGUGAGGCGAGCGCGGGCGCAGCAUGGCGGGCGUGAGCUACUCGCCGCCCUGGUGGGUGAGCCUGCUGCACCGGCUGCCGCACCUCAGCCUGCGCUGGGAGCUCACGGCCGCCGACUUCCGCCCGCACGACGCCGAGUACCAGCAGGCCCUGUUGCUGUUGGGUGGCAUUGCGCUCUCCUGCCUCGCUCUAGACCUCCUCUUCCUACUCUUCUACUCCUUCUGGCUGUGCUGCCGCCAUCGGAAGAGCGAAGAGCAUUUAAAUGCUGACUGCUGCUGUACAGCCUGGUGUGUCAUCAUCGCCACCCUCGUAUGCAGUGCUGGAAUUGCCGUUGGCUUCUAUGGGAAUGGGGAGACCAGCGAUGGUAUUCACCGGCUGACGUACUCGCUCCGCCACGCAAACCGCACCGUGGCAGGUGUCCAAGACCGGGUACUAGAUACUGCAUUGGCUCUGAACCAAACAGUGGAACCCAACUUGCUAGUCCUGGAGGAGAUGUUUGCAAAGCAGACAGACUACCUGCACAUCAUCCAGAAGCUGCAAGGUCUCUUGGAUGAUCUGGUCAGGCAAACAACUGAGAUCCCUUUUUGGAAGAAUGAAGAGCUGUCUCUGGAGGAGCUGGCAAUUCAGAUUGACCUCUAUGACUGGUACAGGUGGCUGGGAUACCUGGGCCUGCUGCUGUUCCAUGUCUUGAUAUGUUUGCUGGUGCUCUUUGGGCUUAUAAGAAACUCCAGGGCCAUUCUUAUGGGGGUGUGCUUGCUUGGGGUGCUUGCCCUGAUUAUCAGCUGGGGAUCCUUGGGUCUGGAGUUGGCUGUUGCUGUGGGCUCCAGUGACUUCUGUAUUAACCCUGAUGCCUAUGUCUCCAAAGUGGUUGAGGAUAAUGGAGUGCUUAGUACUGAUAUUCUCCGUUAUUACAUUACCUGCAGUGCUGGAUACCCCAACCCUUUCCAGCAGAAGCUGUCAGGAAGUCACAAGGCUCUGGUGGAAAUGCAGGAUGAUGUUCUGGAACUCAUGCGAUCAGCGAGCAAAGAGCAUCCCACCUCCAAGGAGUAUCUUACUCGGAUCCAGGAGGUUUUAAAUUCAACAGAGAUCAACUUGCAGCAACUGACAGCUCUAGUUGACUGUCGGAGUCUGCAUUUGGAUUAUGUCCAGGCAUUGACAGGCUUUUGCUACGAUGGAGUGGAAGGCCUCAUCUACUUGGUUCUCUUCUCCUUUGUCACAGCCCUCAUGUUCAGUUCCAUUGUGUGCAGCGUCCCACACACUUGGCAGCAGAAGAGAAGCUCGGAUGAUGAUGGGGAAGACGAAUCAACCGCUCAAGGGAAUAGACAAACACAUGAUAAUCUUUACAGAGUGCACAUGCCCAGCCUCUAUAGCUGUGGGAGUAGUUAUGGCAGUGAAACCAGCAUUCCAGCAGCAGCACACACAGUCAGCAAUGCUCCCGUCACAGAGUACAUGAGCCAGAAUGCAAAUUUCCAGAACCCCCGCUGCGAGAAUACCCCGCUCAUUGGCCGUGAGUCCCCACCUCCCUCAUACACCUCCAGCAUGAGAGCCAAAUACCUCGCCACCAACCAACCUCGUCCAGAUGCUGGCAGUGUGCAUUAAAAUGAAAGAGCAAAAGCAAAAAAAAAAACCCACACGUGCAGUCAGACAAAACAAUGUGCCAACUGCUGUGCCCCUGUGCUGUCCUCGUAGAACAACCCUGCUGUUCUGCCCAAAAUCCAGUGCAGCUCCUUCUGUUUCUCCAGUCCAGACCACCCCUCCAACCUGGUACCUGCCCAUUGGAGUGGAAGCCCCCUUUGAAUUCAAGCCUUCACCUGCUGUACCUGGUGUGUGAGAGAGAGCAAGCGUGUGCAGGCCAGCGAUGGCGAGAUUUCCAGCCCCUCCUGGCUUCCACCUGCCUGGGACCAGCUUGAGCAGCAGCCCUGUCAGAAAAUGUCGAUGAAUAUCUUCUGCCUCCCCUUUUCCCCUCCUGUUCCUCAGAGCGACGUGGUGAAAGGUGGUAGUAGAACAUCUUCGGUUCUGCGGAGGGAUCAGUAGAGCUGCUCGGCCUGUCAGACUCUGAAGAAGCAGAUGUUCAGUGUGCAAGACUAACGUGCAAGGAGGGGAAGCCAAGUCAGUGCACAGCACCGUGUUUUGGUGGGAAUCCUCUGCGUUGGGGAGGAGGGAAACCUCUGGUGUCACUGCAUAUCCACUGUAAUUGGGGAGCCGGGGGCUCCGUGUUAGAGCAAACCACUCCACAACUUGGGUGAUUCUUUUUAAAAAGAAAAAAAAUCCAUUGCCUUUUUCCUUCCCCCUGGAUCUAGUGUGUGAAUUCUCGAGGAGAAGCUGGGGGUCCCACCGCCAGUCAACUGCCCUGUCCAUUGCUCUGAACUGGACCUCUCUGCUCAUCAGGGAAGCCCAGGUACUUGCAGGUGGCAUUCUGGGUGCUGCCUAUGCGAGGCCAUCACACAGAUGAAACAGGAGCCAGCAACACACUUGGUGCCAAAUUUUUCCAGGAAAAGACUUGUAAGACUCUGGGGUUUUUUGCACUGAACAAAUUUCAGCUCUCUGACGGCAGGUCUUAUGGAACAGACUGUUUACAAGAGAAAGGGGAGAGACUGCAAGCACCGGUAGAUUUAUAGCAAAUGCAACCUUUCCCUGCAGGAGUGACCUGUGAACUCUGCUGGACUUUCCCCUUCCUCACACUUCUCAUUUUUUCCCUUUUAUCAUUAUUUGUGGUGCAGGUUGCAGACCUGGCACUGAUGGAUGAUUUUUGGAGCCUCAGUCCUGACAAGUUCACCAGGUGGGCAGUAUCCAUCCUCUCUGUUCCAGAAUCAGAAACCCAAAUGAUAUCUUGAGAACAAUGUGACUGUCGGAACAACUUUGUUGUUGUUGUUAUUUUUAUUUUAUUUUAUGUUUUUUUUUCCAGGCAUGUUGCUAACCACUAUCAGACCAUAUUAAGGCACAUUUAGGGCAUUUUUCAAGACAUGAGACCCAACAAAGCUUGCAAAGGGUAAACUGGGUGCCUGCAAGGGGCAACAUCCUCCACUGGUGCUGUACUUUCCACUGAAGAAUGGUGCUCCAAAGGGCACUGACAGCUUCCUACUGCAAAAGGAGACUGCCACUUGGGUGGUUAGAAGUAGUGUAGAGCACUGGCCUUUCAGUAAGGAAGCUCUGAUGUUCCUGUGUUUACAUCUCUGAGCAGGAACAUCAUCAUGUAGCUGCUGAACAUGCUAUUAAAUAACUGGCAGAGAAAAUAAGUGGAAAACAUCUCAAAAUUGGAGUUGAGCCUCUGGCA